AGUCGGCCGGCUUUUGCUGCUCGUUUUCCCGCGGAUGAGCGAACUUAUUCCUGAUCUCUGCUUAGCGAAUUCUUAUUACUGUAGCACCUUUUAUAGUAACAGUAGUGAUUGAUCUAUGACUACUUCUCUUUGGUAACCUGUGCGUCGAAUAACUGAAGUGCAAAGACGGAAAUAAUUUCGAAUAACCAACAAAGAAACCGGAAAGACGAAGGAUUUACCUCGAACACGGGACAUGUUCCCAAACAGACCCCAAGCGCCUCCUGGGCCCGGCCAACCAUUUGGCAACAUGAUUGCUGAAACAUGCGACCGAAUCAAGGAAGAAUUCAAUUAUUUGCAAGCUCAACACCACAACCUCAAGCUAGAUCGGGAAAAACUGGCAUCGGAAAAGACGGAAAUGCAACGCCACUAUGUGAUGGUAAAUGCAAGAAUUAAAUUGGCUCUAAACCAGCCGCUGUUUAAAAUCAGGGAAACUCUAACCGAUUCUUUGUUUCAGUACUACGAGAUGUCUUACGGAUUGAACAUUGAAAUGCAUAAGCAGACGGAAAUAGCAAAGCGAUUGCACGCCAUCAUAUUGCAAGUGAUGCAUUACCUGUCACAAGAGCAACAACAACAAGUCGCAUCUGCCGUGGACCGCGCAAAACAAGUUACGAUGCCCGAACUCAAUCAAGUCAUUGGCCAGGCUCAACAAGGGCAAUUCCAGCUCCACCACCCGACAGCUCCCAUACCCGGUAUGCCCCACCCUCCAGGACUCCCUCCUCCCCCACAUCUUCCCUCCUCCUCCGCAGCCGGACUCCUUGCGCUCUCCCAGGCUGCUCUGGGCGGAGUGCAACCUCCUCAUCCGUUAAACGCGGCAGCUGUUGCCGCCGUUGCAGCCGCAAAAGAGGAAAUGCGAGGCACUGAUACCGCUGCCGCUGCUGCGUUUGCUUCUUCCUCAGCAAGAGAUCGGGAACGUGAUCGGGAACGGGAGCGAGAAGGGAGACAUCCAUCGGUGUCCCCUGCUGCGAUGAACGGUUUUCCCCGAAGAGAGGACUUCCCAUCUCACAGCUCCGCUUCCCAUCCACCUCAUCCUUCCUCUACAGCGAACUCCCGUCCUCCCAUCGCCCACCAUCACCAUGGUAACAACCACCAUCACGAUUCGGACACACCAAACAAAAGAAGGAAACUCGAAAAAGAGGAUUCGGACGCCGAAAAAAGCGACCACGAACUAGUUGUGGAUGUCUCCAACGACGAACGAAACAGCCCUCUUAAUGUCGACCGACACUCACCCCGUGAAAAUGGCGUAAGCGAGCCGUCUAGCGGUCACCCACAGCCAACAAACAACCACCAGAUGCCACCAAGGAGUGUUGCGGCGUUCCCCCACAAGAAAGAGGUUUCAGGCAAUCACACGGGACCAGGGAGUCCAGCUUCGGUCGGCUCAUCUGGCAGUGGACAUUCAAGACAAUUUCAACCUAAACAAGAAUUAGUUCAUCGCGAGCAAUCUUCGAAAUCCGUGAGUCCCCAAGCCCGUCCAUCAAGCAUGCAUAGUGCUUCAGGUAGCCCCAACCUGCCAAGACAACCUAAUGGUCCUCCCCGUUCUAUGUCUGAUGCCAUGGUUCGACCACCAGUAUCGUUAGCUUACGGACCAGCAGGAUACCCUGGCAUGGUCCACCCUGGUAUGCCACAAGGCCACGGGUUGUAUGAUAACCUACAUGGACUUCCACCCAACGUUAACCCAGCACUUGCAGCAGCUGCAGCUCACUACAGGAACCCAAUUGCCGGGUACGAUGCACGAGGAGGGAUACCACCACACGUUAUGCAACAUAUGACUAAACCGGGUGUUUCAUUCCAUGUCAGUGGAGAAGGUCAACCUCCACAGCCAGUCCAGUUCCCAGCUGAUGCUCUGAUUGGACCGGGUAUUCCUCGUGGAGCAAGACCCCUCCUAAGUUUGUUGCACGGCGAAGUUGUUUGUGCUGUGACAGUGAGCAACCCGACACGACACGUCUACACUGGUGGCAAAGGAUGCGUCAAGAUUUGGGAUAUGAACACAUCUAAUGGUGUUACGGGUGGUCCAGUCAUCAAACAGACACCAGUGUCGCAACUAGACUGUCUUCAACGUGACAGUUACAUUAGAUCUUGUAAACUAUUGCCUGACGGUCGUACGUUGUUAGUCGGUGGAGAAGCAAGCACGUUAUCAAUUUGGGAUUUAGCAGCUCCAACACCAUGCAUAAAGGGAGAACUGACAUCCGGUGCGUUAGCCUGUUACGCUCUCGCUAUCAGUCCAGAUUCGAAACUGUGUUUCAGUUGUUGCAGUGAUGGUAACAUUGCUGUAUGGGAUCUUCACAAUCAGAAGGUUAUUCGGCAAUUUCAAGGUCACACGGACGGUGCAAGUUGCAUUGAUAUUUCUCCUGAUGGUACAAAGUUAUGGACCGGUGGUUUGGACAAUACAGUUCGAUCAUGGAAUCUAACUGCCGGAAAACAACUUGAUCAAUACGAUUUCCCGUCGCAAAUCUUUUCGCUUGGAUAUUGUCCGUCGGGCGAAUGGCUCACCGUCGGAAUGGAGAACAGCACAGUUGAAGUGUUGCACGACACUAAACCAGAGAAAUAUCAGCUCCAUCUCCACGAAAGCUGCGUUCUUUCCCUCAAGUUCGCUCACUCAGGCAAAUGGUUUAUCAGCACAGGGAAGGACAAUAUGCUCAACUCCUGGCGCACGCCAUACGGUGCAAGUAUUUUUCAGCACAAAGAAUCCUCGUCUGUCCUUAGCUGUGACAUUUCGCUUGAUGAUCGAUAUAUCGUCACCGGCUCUGGUGAUAAAAAGGCAACAGUUUACGAAGUUAUGGCAUAGUGGGGAGUUGUAUUUUCGUCCCAAUGCCCACGAAUACGAUGCCCUUUCUAUCUCGUCUACAUUUCUGAUCGAAAGUUCUUAUUCUUUCGAAGAGUUAAAAAUAAGCUGGAAAACGUGUGCAUGUUGGAAUUGGUGAACUUGUGGUGUUUAUUUAUUUUUCUGUUUCUUACAGUCGUCCUUUUGUCACGUGUACUGCAGCUGCGACCUUCUAGGUUUAGGCUUUUCUCUUUUGUACAGGUUUCAGUUCAGUUGUGUUUAAUUUAAAAACUUCAGAAUGCGAAUUUGUUUCUAACUCACCCUUGUUGUACAUAUUUCGCCAGCGAUUUCGACCUGUAACGUGCAUCGAUUUAAAGUCUGCGUACUACCGAACGCGCAGAGAAAUGCAGGAAUUGAUUUUAUGUUUACGAUGUCUCUGCUUGUGUUUCGUCACGAAUCGACCAUAUGAAAAUAAAGGCACGCAAAAAUGAA